AUGGAACGUUCCGAAAUGGAACUGUACUUCCUACGCAGACUUGUGACGGUUCCGGCCGGCGUGACGGUGGGCACCAUGUUUCAGGUCAACACUCCGACAGGGCCAAUGCAGGUCAUCGCUCCCGUCGGCGCAGGGCAGCAGAUGAUUGUGAACGUGCCCGCGGCGCCGGCGCCAGUGGUCACAGCGACGGCGACGCAGCAAAUGACGCGAACGGUGGCCGAAACUGCUGCCGGUGGGUCGCAACCACUGUGGUCGGCGCAGGAGUUAAACGGCUGCUGGAUCAACUGCUACCCUAAUGACUAUGCCUGUUCCAUCGCAAGGAUGACAAACGAGGGCGACGACGUGAGGAUAGGGACCGGCGUCUGCUGCGUUCUCUUAAUCCCUUGUCCUUGCCCUUGCGGCGAGAGGUGGCUGCGCGAGGAGGGCACCAACAACUUCUACAAGUCGGACCAUGUCGACAAGUUCACCUCCAAGACGAGUAUCGAGAAUGGGGCGGCGUGCUCGAGGAAGAUCUGCUGA